GAUGAUGAGGUGGGUGUUGCACUCCUUCCCAGGUCCUAUAUUAGGUCCCUGGAGAGCCAGGCUGAGACUCUCCCGACGGCUGCAGCCCCUGGGAAGUGCUGGAGUUGCCCGUCCCCAUGGAUCUCCUGGGAGCAGGGACCCUCCUGCUGGCCGUCUUCCUGGCCAGCCUCCUGCUCCUCUCCUCUUGGCAGCAAAUGCGCCGAAGGGACAAGAUGCCCCCUGGACCCACGCCCCUCCCCCUGAUUGGGAACCUGCUCUGGAUAGACCGAAACAACCUGCCCAAUUCACUCAUCAAGCUGAGCGAAAAGUACGGGCCGGUCUACACGCUCCAGCUGGGCCCCCGGCGCAUCUUGGUGCUGUGCGGCUACGAGGCCAUUAAGGAGGCUCUGGUGGACCAAGGGAACGAGUUCCAGGACCGGGGGCAUCACGGGACCUUUGACUGGAUCUUCCAGGGUUACGGAGUUGCCUUCAGCAACGGGGAAAAGGCCAAACAACUACGACGGUUCUCCAUCAUGACCUUACGGAGUUUCGGGGUGGGAAAGAGAUCCAUCGAAGAGUGGAUCCUGGAGGAAGCCCACUUCCUGCUGGAAGCCCUGAGGGACACAAAAGGAGCCCCCUUUGACCCCACCUACUUCCUGAGCCGCUCCGUGUCCAACGUCAUCAGCUCCAUCACCUUCGGCAGCCGCUUUGACUACGAAGACCAGGAGUUCCUUGCUCUGCUGACCGGAAUACAGGAAGUUUUCCGCUUUGCCUCCUCAGCCCAAGGACAGCUCUUAGACAUCUUUGGAUUCGUGCAACACCUCCCUGGCUCACAGCAAAAGUCUUUCAAGAUGUUCUUAGAACUGAAGGCAUUUGUGGCCAAGAAGGCAAAAGCCCACCAGGAGACCCUGGACCCCAACUCCCCACGGGAUUUCAUUGACUGCUUCCUGGUGAAAAUGCUGCAGGAAGAAAACAACCCUGACUCUUUCUUCUCCAUGGAGGACCUACUCGCAAGCACGCUUAGCAUCUUCAGUGGGACAGAAACAGUCAGCACCACUUUGCGUUAUGGAUUCCUGAUCCUGCUGAAGCACCCAGAAGUGGAAGAGAAGAUCCACGAGGAGAUUGACCGCGUCAUUGGUGUCAAUCGGACUCCCAGCAUGGAGGACAGGCUGCAGAUGCCCUACACGGAAGCCGUGAUUCAUGAGAUACAGAGGUUUGGGGACCUGAUACCCUUCUCAGUCCCACGGCGUGUCACCCAAGAUGUCCAGUUAAGGGGCUACACAAUUCCCAAGGGGACCGAAGUUUUCCCCAUGUUGGGAACAGCGAUGAGAGACCCCAAAUAUUUUGCAAGACCCGCAGAGUUUGACCCCCAACACUUCCUGGAUGAGAAGGGGCAGUUCCAGAAGAAUGAGGCUUUCAUACCCUUCUCUACAGGAAAGCGCUACUGCUUCGGGGAACAUCUGGCCCGUGUGGAGCUCUUCCUCUUCCUCACCAGCAUCCUUCAGCGUUUCCGCUUCAAGUCAGCUGUGCCCCCUGAAGACAUCGACCUCUCCCCAAUGUUGGUGGGGUUUGGCACGAUCCCACGGAUCUAUGAGAUCUCCGUCAUCCCCCGCUGAGCGAGGGUCUCUGGACCCUUUGCAAGGUCCCUUCCUGCAUCUCCCCUCACCCUGCCAACUUGGCUGCAGGAGAUGCCAUCUAAGGAGAUGGUGGCUGCCUUUCCCCUGGACAGAAGGGGCCCCCAGGGUCAUCUGGGAAGGAAAUCACCCCCCCUCCCUCAGCCUUCUGCCACUUUUCAGCCAAUUUCAGGCAAAAAUGGAUUGGAUGCCAAGGUGGCAUUAAGGAUGGCAAAGGGCGCCACCCUGCUCAGAUAAAGGGAAUCUCCUUAGCUUAUCAGAGACCAGCCCGUUUCAGAAGCACCCAGAAGGCAAAGCUCCAGGCCCAGCAGGGAGCUUCACCGCUUGGCCAACUGGCUAACUGCGCUGUCCAAGAAUCCCCAGAGGCCGGCUCUCUUCACGGCCCUCCAAUGGGCAGCUUUUUCCUCACAGAAACUGUAAGGUGGCACCUCGAACAGCUGGUUCUAUACGUUGCCCUUUGCUUGUGCUGUGCCUUCCGAAAUAAACUCCACUCCUCUCAGAAA